AUGGAGCUUUCAAAAAUCCCUCUCUUCUUCUUCUUUUUCCUCCUCCGCCUCCUCUCCGCCGUACACUCCAUCGGCGUCAACUACGGCACCCUCGGCGACAACCUCCCACCUCCUUCUCAAGUCGCUCAGUUUCUCAAAUCUAGCACAGUCAUCGACCGCAUCAAAAUCUUUGAUGUUAAUCCCGAUAUCAUCAAAGCCUUUGCCAACACCGGCAUCCUUGUCAGCGUCACCGUCCCCAACGGCGACAUCCCGUCGCUCACCAACCCUCGUAACGCUCUCCGGUGGGUUGAUGCCAAUAUCAAGCCGUAUUACCCAGCUACCAAAUUCCAUUACAUCUGUGUCGGCACCGAGGUGCUCCACUGGGGUCCUCAGAACCUCGUAGACAACCUCGUCCCGGCAAUGAGGGUGCUUCACGCGGCGCUCAUUAAAUCUGGAAUUAACGACGUUAAGAUUUCAAGCCCACACUCACUUGGAAUCCUUCUGGAAUCCAACCCACCCAGUAACGCGUCGUUUAGACCCGGAUGGGAUGUGGGUAAUCUCGCCCCUAUGCUUCAGUUUUUGAGGAAAACUAAAUCCGGAUUCAUGGUUAACCCGUAUACAUACUUCGGGUAUUCUCCGGCGAAUGCUGACUAUUGUCUCUUCAAGCCCAACGCCGGAUUGUUCGAUAAAGCCACUGGAAAAAGGUACACCAACCAGUUUGAUCAACUGAUGGAUGCGGUGUACGUUUCGAUGAAGAAGCUGGGCUACCCAGAUGUGGAAAUCAUCGUGGCGGAGACAGGUUGGCCGUCGGGGGGAGACCCACAAAACACACACGCAAAUCCUGCGAAUGCGGCAGCGUACAACGCCGGUUUGAUUAAAAAAGUUAGUUCCGGCGUCGGAACGCCAUUAAUGCCGGGAAGAAAGUUCGAGACCUACAUAUUUUCACUGUUCAAUGAGAAUCUGAAAGGACCAUCAUUGGAUGAGAAGAAUUUCGGGCUCUUCCGACCGGAUUUCACUCAAGUUUACAACAUCGGGAUCUUUCGUGGAUCACAGCACGCGCCAACAGGUUCGACACCAAAACCAGCACCAGCAGCACCGGUGGCGGCUCAGGGCAAGAAAUGGUGUGUCCCUAAACCAGAUGCCACCAAUGCCGCACUCCAGUCGAACAUAGACUACGUCUGCAGCAGCGGGGCCGAUUGCCACCCGAUCCAGGCUGGCGGGGCCUGUUUUGAACCCAACAAUGUGCGGGCCCAUGCAGCGUUCGUCAUGAAUUCUUUCUAUCAGACCAAUGGCCGGAACGAUUUUAACUGUGAUUUCGCUCACACGGGAGCCAUCACCAACAUCGAUCCAAGUAAGGGUUCGUGUAAAUAUGGAUCUUAAGCUAAAAAUGAAGAUGGAGAGCCAGGGAAAAGGAAGGCAUGUUUUAGUUAAGAUUGUGAUUGAUUAUUCUUUUGUUGUAACAUUUAAACUUGGCAUGUCUAAUAUAUGGUAUGGCUCUAAAUGUUUCACUUUUGCUAA